UUAAGAGGGAGAGAAAGGGGGAUUUAUUUUGGGCGAAGAAGAUGGGGAGUGAAGGAAGUGUGAGCAAAUUGAGAUUGCUAUGUCUCCAUGGAUUCCGAACCAGCGGCGAAAUUAUUAAGAAGCAGGUGACCGGAAAGUGGCCGGAAUCUGUGCUGGAAAAAUUGGAUCUCGUUUUCACCGACGCCCCUUUUCCUUGCCAAGGAAAAUCCGAUGUUGAAGGAAUCUUUGAUCCGCCUUAUUAUGAGUGGUUCCAAUUCAACAAGGAAUUAUCGGAAUAUGUGAACUUUGAUGAGUGUCUUGCUUAUAUAGAAGAUUUCAUGAUCAAGCAUGGCCCUUUUGAUGGCCUUCUUGGUUUUUCUCAGGGUGCAAUUCUAUCAGCUGGACUAGCUGGAAUGCAAGCAAACGUAAGCUUUAGAUUCGGUCUGCUUGUUUAGCUAAGCUCAUUAGCAUAAACAUUCUAACCAAUUUUUGUCGUUGAGCCAUCGUUUUCUACAUGCAUCUACUUACAUAGGUUCUAUCUACUAGAGAGUAGGGCUGGGGAGUUUGCAUCUCUCUCGUCGUAAAUGAAUCGAGCUACUCGCGAGCUAUUUGCAUUAAUAUCGCAAAAGUUGUUUGAGCUUACUCGACUAUGGAAAACUCGUGUCGUGUUUAUCGUGAAACAGGGGACCAAGACUUUUUAAAGGAGCAUGGCACCGAGCUGCUCGACUCGUUCGUUGAUCCUUUGGUGAUCCGUCAUCCCAAGGGUCAUACCAUACCCAGAU